UAAAAUCAAUCCAUCGCUAGUUGAGCAAAUUAUUUAGGUCCAGGUACGCCCAUGGAAUUAAUUAUAAAACAUACUUAAAAACAGAUAUAGAUUUAGUACUAACCUUUGUACUAUUCUUUAGUAACAGGUGUAAAAAUUACUUUAUUAUUUUAGAAUCUGUUACACAAUGUAUUAGUAACCGAUUAAAGUAACAUCACGCUGACUACUCCGAGUAGGCAGGCAGAUAUUGAGCACUUAUUCAAAUCCUCGAACAUUUAAAAUUUACAUAUCAAGAUGUCGAAAGCAGGACAUCCAAUUACACAGUCCUAAACACGAUGUCACUGAACUUUCAAUUUGAAUUCUUAUAACUGAAAUGUUUUUAUCGUAAAUAAAGCAAACCAGACCAUAACGAAUGCAGCGCACAGCCAAAAUUAUUUUAUAAACAAAUACUAAAUAUAGAAACGCUUCCAGAGAUAAAUGUUUAUGCAAAACGUUUUCCUACAUUAAUAUGUCUAAUAUUAUAAUAUCAGCCCUGUAUUUUAUACUGUCCAACUGCUGGCCACGGGUCUCCUUUACUACUUUUUUAUGUUUGGGUAUUGCGAAGCGAACAAUGUCAAUAUACUUAAACAGUGCCUUGAUAAUGGCUGACCAAGAUUACCCGUAUGUACAUACAUAUACAUAUAUUAUGACUAGGUACUUACUAUUUUUUGUAUUUAGCUGUCUUGUUACAACUGUACACAGCUGUUCGGCUGUGUUGGCUGUUGAGACGAGGAUAAUGAAACAACAAACAACUAGUUAAACAUUUUAUUUUUGAAAAUAAGGAACACCAACCGCCAUGGAUGAAGACGAACACGCUUUGAUAAGAGAUGCAGAAUUCUUCUUGGCCCUUCGGAAGAAAGGAAUUAUUCCUACCGUAGAAGAAUGUAUUAAAAAUGGUGCAGAUAUUAAUAUCAGGUUCGCUAACAAUGGAUAUAACACUCCACUACAUAUAGCUGUGUUGAAGGGUGACGUCGAAACAGUGAACAUCCUUUUAAAAUAUGGCGCUAGAACAGACGUGGUAAACGCUGCAGGUAAGACAGCUCUAGAACUCGCAAAAGUCUUGCCCGACCGUUCAGACUUAUCUGAUACUAUUUUAAGAGCAGAAAAAGCGGCAGUUACAGUCGGGACAACAAAUCCUAUAGAAGCAAACCAAAACGCGCUUGCGACGAACUCUAGUCAAUAUAAAAAGCGGGCAGGGACGGCAAACGUGCGCGGACAACUGUACGAGACCAAAUUACUGACAAUGAUCUUCCUUCGUACUUUGCGAAAUGAACAGAUCACAGAUUUUUACAUGGCUACCAAUUUAGAUGAGGUUGGAGAUAUGGACGACGUGUGUUUGAGGUUCAAAACUGACAUAGAUGAUUACGCGAUAUUUUUGCAAGCAAAACAUAAACAUGAUAUUGUGAAAGGCGUGGUAAAAUCUGCUGAUUUAUGGCUACCGACCAGUGACUUCAGUCUACACAAAUGUUUCACUAGUUAUAAGCGGACACGAGAUCAAUUUUCUGUUGACUCUACAGAUGACUUUUUUCGGGGUAGUUGUGAUAAUAUUAAGUCUUAUUUCGUGAUGUACACGACUAUCAAAGCAGAUAUAAAAGACCUGCGCAAAAAGAAACCAGUUGGAGAUGACAUGGUAUACAAAUUAAUAGGGACGGGGAAACGAAAUCACGUAUUUCAAUUUACAUCAGAAGAUGAAAAUGUAAAUUUACUCACCAACGCCUUAUUGAAAGAACGCAUGAAGACCAUGGGAAAGACUUUAAUGGAAUUUAUACGGGAGAAAAAAUUUGAUAUGAUGCUUGUUGAUGAAGAUUUGCGCAACUUUCAUGUAUUGCUAGCAAAGAAAGUCAUUAAGGUAUCAGAGAUCAAUGACGAAGGGUGUCGCACUGGCAGCUUCCGUGAAGAAUUCUUUACUUCAAACAAAGAAAUGCUAAUUGUACUGCGAGAAACACUCUAUGCCGAAGUUGAACAGAAGAACGAAAUGACUCUCAAGGAAAUAGAACUUUCAUUGGAAAUCCUUUUAGCUGAACCGACCGCUCAAGAAAUAAGCGUAUUGAUAGGCCACAUUCUCGUGUACGACAAAAAUGGUAAAUGCCUCAAACUUAUCAACGAAGGAAUCGAGCUAAGUUCCAAAUAUCAAAAACGGCUAAAAUCUUUGAAAGUUCCAGAAUCUACAAUCAAAGAUGCAUUGGGAAUCGCCAACCGCAGAAAAUUAGAAAAAACUAAUGGUUUUUCUUUACCUAAGGGGUUUGGUAACCUUGAUAUGACCAUCAACGAAAAUAAAAGAGCAUCGAGAACAACAUAUCUAGCCGGUAAAAUCAGCGAUCUUAUUAAAAACUCUGCUGACGUGGACGGAAACAUAAUUAUACGGCGAGGAAUAUUUUCAUCAGUAAAAAAACAGGACGAUGCUAUACUAGACAUCAACGGUGGUAUAGCCGGCGCUAUCGGCAACCUGCUGCUAUACGACGGCGAUAAUAAAUACAAAUUCAACUUGGAAGGCGACUCUUUAGGUAAAAAUGCAAAGGAAUUGCUAGAGAAAUUGUUGAACGAACAUAAAGAUUUGCACAAGUACAGGCUCUGUAUCGAUAUAGACUCAUUUCCAAGACUAUCGUGGCACGGCACGGAGAAAGAGAAAGAAUUUGCUAAGGACUUCUUUGAUAAACUAUAUUUUUACACUGUUCAAGAAAAAGAAGACAAAUUCGAGAGUAUUGUGACAGAUGAACUUAAAGUAAACGAAUGCAGUGGCGGUUUUAACAAAUCCGAAUCGCAGAUCAAAGCGAACGCGCUAUAUCUAAAAAUACAUAACUUAAUACAAAUAUGGUGGAUGCAAGAGGGCAAUGUGGACUAUUUAAAGCGAAACAUGAACGAUUUUGACAAGGUAUUCAGGGAUUUGAAGAACAAAGGUUUACUGACAUUCUUGAAUACCAUAUAUUUGAACGGCGUGUAUAAUGUCGGCUUGGAAUAUACCUCGGAAGCGGUAGAGGUCUUGUCCGUUUGUAAGAACGACACACCCAGCGCCGCGAUGGUUGUCGUCCACACUGAUGUCCACAUGCUUACUUGCCACAAACUGGUGCAGUACUUAGGACGUGCCGAAGAUUACACGUUUAUAGACAUAGAUUAUGUCUGCCGAGUGUCUCCACACACUAUGGAUAUGAUUAUUGCUGAGCUCACUGAAAACGAUAUACCCAACGUUGUUAUUGUUUGCGAAGAUGUUAGCAAAUACAAUAUUGAUGAUUUGAUAGCCUCGUGUAGGGCUAAAAAAAUAAUAUUAGUGACGCGUGACUAUGCCGAAUCAGAAGGGUGUGUAUCCGUGAGAGACGAUAAAAUUAAUUUAACUGAUCUGACUGAUUUGUCACAAACGAAAAUUCUUGAAACAAAAUUUGUUUAUCAAGGUCUCGAAGUAACGUUCGCAGACGUGUUUGAUGAGGGCACCAAAAACCUAAUAGAUCCAAAAAUACUCCAAAAAAUCAUCAACAAAGAACAAAUUACCUUGGGAGAGACACUAGAAGAGUCGACAUAUAAUGAAAUCAAACAAUAUUAUGUACCAAGAUCCUUAAAAUAUAAUGAAAAAGUAUAUGACAAUAAAGAUUUUUUACAGGAUUAUACAUCUAUGUCCUUAACUACAUACGACGAGUACGACGAUUACAAUGAUACGUUUUGUCCAUUGACAUUGUUGGAUCACCGAGAGGCCUUUCAAAAUCGAUUCGAAACACAGCCUCACGAUAUAGUUCUCGUCUUGGACACUUCCGGCAUGGGCAAGUCCACUUUACUUACUAACUUAUCUCUAGAAACGAAGAUUCAUUAUCCGAAAAUUUGGAUACAAAGGAUAAACUUAAUUGACCACACGAAAACGUUUAAAAAAUGGCAGGACGAAGCAGUUGAAGUUAACAAUGAAGUAGCAUUGAAAUUCAUUUGCAACAUUGGUAUAUCAAAAACGAUUAACAAGGACAAUGUUUGGACGUAUAAAAACAUAGAUUUUGAAAUUGUAAACGACGAAAUAAAAGUUAUCGGUAGUGUUGAAGACGAUGCGUUAUUGUCGUUCGAAUUGAGAAUAUUACUACACUGUUAUAAAGAAGGAAACUUUAUUUUCUUAUUCGACGGUUUCGAUGAAAUCUGUCCGAUGUAUUCCACUGAAGUUACUCAGUUGAUAAAUCAACUCUCCUGCUUCAAGGCGACGAGCAACGCGACUGUGGAGGGUGGAGCUAUGCCCAGGUCAUGUGCUUGGAUCACUUGCCGCUCUUACAACGACUUAACUGAGCUAUUAGAGGACAAGUUUGGGAAGUCCUACAGUCUUCAACCGUUCACUUAUGCAGAUGUAAGUGUGUUUUUAGACAAAUACAUGAAGCAUAAUUUUAGCUUGAAUACAAUAUCUAAAGAACAGCUCAAUAAUAUAAACGUGUUCUUCGAAUACAUGAAAAAGUUUAAAGGUAACGCGAACACCACGGAGAAUGGUUUAACACUAAUGAACUUAUCACUGCACAGUAUAUAUGUCGCAGCCUUGAGAUAUUUUAAUAGUGAAACGAAACGGACAUAUUUAUCUCCGGAUCUAUUGAGGUAUGUAAGAAAUUGGCAAAGGCAAGUGUCGGACGAUUUCUUUCAGGAUUAUAGACAGCUUAACGACGCUUUCACAUUGUCGGGUGUGCCGCUACAUGUGUACCUUGCAGUCAAUUACUUCCACGACCAGAUUAAGAAUAUAGCAUUAAUAGAUGAAGAUAAUGCUAAACAACUGUGGGACCUAGAUGCGAAUGCGUUCGCAUUUUACGAAGGAUUUCUGGAAACUAAAUUAAAAAAUUGGCUUGUGGAGAAAAAUGGUUUGGACAUAUCCAAGACUGCCGUCGGAACAAUAUUUAAAAAUCAGAGAAUAGAGUUUCGGAAUAAUCACAAGAAACUCGCGUUCUUUGCAAUUUUCCAUGAACGAAUCCACGAAGGAUGUUCAAUGCAUAAUGUAAAUAAAAUUAUAAAAGACAUGGAACGCGGCGAGGAACACACUGGACUAGUUGAUAGAAUAAUCAACGGUGUGCCAAAGUUUGUACAUUACACAUUCGCCGAGUAUUUCGCAGUUGAAUAUAUCCUUGAUUUUCUGAAAUCUGACGACUGGGACGAACAGAAGUACAUGAUGGACUUCAUCUUGGUACACAUACUCUCGUGGAGUAUAUCAGGCGUGCUGAGCAUUUUGGAUCUCAAAUUAAAAUUUGACCUUGAUUUGGUCAAAUCUGUCUAUUGUACCAGGAUGUAUCAAUUUCUAUUUAAAUGUUUGGUUGAGCAAAAUAAAUUAUUCCAACCGACGGAGUAUAUUGAUGAAGUGUAUAUUAUUAAUGCGGAACCCGCGACGCCUCACCUGGAUAAGGUGUUGCAGCUUGGUCUGCCGAACUUGACUGAUUUUUUUAUAAAAGCCGUGAUAGCUUCGGUAAACGAGAAAACCCUGACGGACUUCAUUUACCUCAUGGACCAUGGCUUUUUCAUAAACAAGCUUUUCAAACAUGAAUAUUAUGAUUACGGAUUAGAACUCAUAGAAUGCGUAAGGAGAAUUAAUCCAAAAAAAAUUGCAGCCAUAGACACUAAUGUGCCGUACAGCGAGUACCCCUAGCCUCUAGCCCUACGUAAAAAAAAAAUAAAAAUAUUAAUCCAAUA